AUGAACACAUGUUCCUGCUUCUUCCUCCCAGCCAACAAGAUGAGAAAGGAGAUAGUUGAUUUUAGGGGAGCGCUAGCAGGAGAUUCCGGCGACAACCCCAGCUCCGGCCAACGAGCAGUAGAGAGCUUCGGAUUCGGGUUGCUGCAAGGGAAGUGGACACUCCGCUUCGGAUUCAAUCCAAGAGCGUCUACUGAUUGUAGUGUACCGGUGGAAGAGCAAGAUGUGAAGCAAAGGGUUCCUUCUAUCGUCGACCGGAACGAAGAAUCCAGCGGUACCGGGGACCCCGACGACGAUGCCAUUGAGAUCCGGUCUUCCCUCUCCACUGGUUACUUUUCCCGGCGCGAUUCUUCCCGGCAGAUCUCCGACUCGAUAGAAGUCUUAUAAUCGCCGUUGGCCUCUCCUACUCUCCCGCCAAAGAAAGACUUCGUCGAUGCAAUUGUAGGAAAGGAGCAUUUAUGGCGAUGUAUGUGCGAUUUGUGGGUUUUGGCCUUCGGGGAAGAAAACCAGAUUUCUGGAGUUUGCGGGAACAAAAGGGCAGCAAGUGCAGCGGCAUUGAUACCAUGAAAAUUUAUGAAGACAAUAAUAACUAAUAAUAGUAGGCAUUGCCAUCAGGAAAUGGUUGAAGACAUUACAACGCAGUGGUGGGAGCUCAAGCUUUUGAGAAUAGAUCAAGUGUUCGAAGAUUACUUUCAUCAUAAUUAUUAAGUUCCCUCCACCUUUUGUUUUUGCUUUGAUUUUUUUAUUUAAUUGAUUUUAUAAUGUUUUUCACUUUAGGCUAAAGCACUUUAGGCUAAAGCUUAAUAAAAGUUUUAUUUUAUAAUGUUUUCCACUUUAGGCUAAAGCUUAAUAAAAGUUUUAUUUUCCUGUGUGCCCAA